UCGACAUGGCCACCACGUCCCAGAAUGCAACGUGGUGCCCAAGCCCUAUUUACAGAUGUUAAACAUUGAGUGAGGUCACUUUUGUUUACUUUUCUCAGCUUUUAACAAGUUACCAAAAAUUUAUAAUUUUUAUUUUUGUUUCAGAGUUAAUUGAAAAAAAAGAUGAGAAUGAAGAAUCAAGUUUAAAACUGCACAAGAGGAUUCACACGGGAGAGAAACCUUACAAGUGUUCACACUGUGACAAGAGAUUCAGUCAGUCAGUAUGUAUGAAAAGACAUGAAAGGAUCCACACUGGAGAGAAACCUUAUAAGUGUUCACACUGUGAUAAGAGAUUCAAUGAGCCAUCAACACAGAAAAGACAUGAAAGGAUCCACACUGGAGAGAAACCUUAUAAGUGUUCACACUGUGACAAGAGAUUCAGUGAUUCAUCAAAUCUUAAAAUGCAUGAGAGGAUUCACACUGGAGAGAAACCUUACAAGUGUGCACACUGUGACAAGAGAUUCAUUGACUCAUCAUCUCUGAAAACGCAUGAGAGGGUUCACACUGGAGAGAAGCCUUACAAGUGUUCACACUGUGACAAGAGAUUCAUUAAAUCAUCAGGUCAGAAAACACAUGAGAGGAUUCACACUGGAGAGAAACCAUAUAAGUGUGCACACCGUGGCAAUAGAUUCAGUGAUUCGUCAAGUCUGAAAGCACAUGCGAGGAUUCACACUGGAGAGAAACCGUACAAGUGUGCACACUGUGAUAAGACAUUCAAAGAUUCAUCAUCUCUGAAAACGCAUGAGAGGAUUCACACUGCAGAGAAACAUUACAAAUGUGCACACUGUGAUAAGAGAUUCAGUGGUUUGACACAUCUGAAAACACAUGAGAGGAUUCACACUGGAGAGAAACCGUACAAGUGUGCACACUGUGAUAAGACAUUCAAAGAUUCAUCAUCUCUGAAAACGCAUGAGAGGGUUCACACUGGAGAGAAACCUUACAAGUGUUCACACUGUGACAAGAGAUUCAUUAAAUCAUCAAGUCAGAAAACACAUGAGAGGAUCCACACUGGAGAGAAACCAUAUAAGUGUGCACACUGUGACAAGAGGUUUAGUGAUUCGUCAAGACUGAAAGCACAUGAGAGGAUCCAUACUGGAGAGAAACCUUACAAGUGUUUACACUGUGACAAGAGAUUCAGUGUGUCAUCAACUCUGAAAACACAUGAGAGGAUUCACACUGGAGAGAAACCUUAUAAGUGUGCACACUGUGACAAGACAUUCAAAGAUUCAUCAUCUCUGAAAACGCAUGAGAGGAUUCACACUGGAGAGAAACCUUACAAAUGUUCACACUGUGACAAGAGAUUCAGUGUGUCAUCAAGUCUGAAAACACAUGAGAGGAUUCACACUGGAGAGAAAACUAAUGAGUGUUCACAGUGUGUCAAGAGAUUCAGUGAUUCAUCAAGUCUCAAAACACUUGAGAGGGUUCAUACUGGAGAGAAACUUUGUGUUCACACUGUGACAGAUUGAGGGACUGAAAACACAUGAGAGGCAUGCAUGAAUUGUUUGACAUCUACAGAUAAGGAUAUGUAAAUGAGAUUUUUGCACUGUAAAAUCAUCUCACAAACAAGCCAUUAUGCUAAUGCUUCAGCUUGAAGCUUCAAAUGACGAUUUAUCAUGUUAUGGGCAUCUUGUAUAACAUACUUUUCCUUCAGGAGGUCAUUCUGUUUCGUCCGAUAUUUGUAGAUGCAUUUUGUCUAUAAAAAUGCUUUUAUUGAGUUCUGUAAUUUGACGCAACAGGAUGAAGUUGGCUGUGCACUGUGGGUAGACUCGACUAAAUAUAAUGAGAAUCGUUAAGGAUUUUCAUCAUCAAUAAUCAUCGAUUUUAUCAAUUAGUUUUUGCAGCCCUAACUGAAACCACAACCUCUUUGCUUGAAAAUUUGAGAGGUUACGCAUAUAUUUCCAUAUAGUGACGUAGACAUGUGGGGGCGUGUUUAAACAAGGUGUUUUGGGGGGGGAGGGGGCUUAACUUUAAUAGAGAAUAUAUCUUUGGAUUUGAGACUUUAGUCUUUGCAACUUUAUAGAUCUUCUUUAUUCACCAAGAGCUUGUAACACUCCAAAGAGAAAGGAAGAAUUUGAAUCGCAUCAUAUGACUCCUUUAAACAUUUGAUAAUCCAUAUGUUUUUCUCCAGUGUACAGCAAUGUAUAGGAAUACCCCCAGAAAAGAAAUAUCUAAAGACAUGGACCCCCUCCCACGCACACCUCUGCAUCUGUGACGGUUAAGAUGCAUAAUUCUGAAUGAUCAAAGACUUGAGGAGUUCAACCCUGUUGAGGAACAGAAGAUCGAUGGUUGGUAAUUUAUCUCUAAACUCUCUAAAUCGUGUCUAGAGAAAUCGAAAAAAAUGUAACACAAGACCGUUGCACCAGUCACACUGAGCCAUGUCAACAGAUACACACAUUGGUUUUAUAUUAACUUUCUAUGUGAACUGAAAGGGAAUGAUGGGUAAAGGAAGGAAGUUGAAGGAACAACUGCAAAGAAGGGAAAACGUUUUCCCCCAUCUUCACUCGGUGGGCUUUGAAAACAUGUCUGUGUGUAUUUGUAUUGUCCGGAUCUCGGGAGAUCAAAGUUUCGGAGGUUCUUUCAGCCGUGCACCGUUACUUGUGAUAUGAUUUUCUUCUUUUUAAAAAUGCACCAUUACUAAAAAAUGUGACAUAAUUUCAUCUGUGUGCUCUCUGUGCUCUUUAAUAAACUCAAGUCUUUACAAA